AUGGGAGUACCCUUCGAAGCACUGCUGCCCUAUGUUAUCUGCACCGGCUUCUUCGGCCUUACCGGUGCUGGACUUUCCAAGUUGAGACACAUGCAGAACGGGGGCAAGCGCCAGAGGCACUCGGUGGAUCAGUGGGACAGACAAAUGAUGGAUCGCGACCGACGCCUUACAGGGUUCCUCAGAGGACAGACGGACAACCCCAAGGCGCCCGCUGGCUUUGAGCUGAGCAACCCGUGGAGACUUGAAAAGGGCGUAUGCUAG